GUUCGGAGCCGCCGCGACCCGCCGUGGUGACACCAGCCCCGGGUGGCAGCGCAUGUCCCUCCGCCGGUGACCUCGGAUCACUGUGCUGGCUCCAGUCCUGGUCGACACCAGUGUGAAAUCAAUAUUUAGGGCUGAGGAUGAGAACUGCUCUGUGGUGCAGGGUUGGAUGCUUGAGAGAGGAGGAUAAGGCACGAGAGUCUGGGACUGGUGGAAUGGAGGCCUGAUGUAGAUGGAAAGAUGGAUGAAGAAGAAGCUCUGAACUCUAUUAUGAAGGAUUUGGCAGCGUUGGGCAAGUGUGGGGGGCUGCUGGACAACAAUAGGAAUAAAAACAGUGUCCACUCCAACAAACAGCAGCGAAGUGUCAGGAUCAAGUUUGAAUAUGAAGGAGAGAAAAGGAUUAUCCAGUUUCCAAGACCAGUCAAGUUCAAGGAAGUGGUGCAGAAGGUCACGGACGCUUUUGGGCAGACGAUGGACUUGGUCUGUGUGAACAAUGAGCUCCUGAUGCCACUGAAAUCCCAGGAAGAUUUGGACAAAGCGAUGGAGCAGUUGGAGCUGAGCCCUUCCCUGAAGAGCCUGCGGAUCCUUGUGAGCGCUCCAAAGAAAGCGAAUCUCCUGCAGCCAAACAACAGCAAGCAGCAUGAGAUGAGGAUCUCCAGAUCCAUGGGCGACAUCAUGGGCUCCCUGUACAAAGACUCCGAGAGGACGCGCAAGUACUCGACAGGCUCUCUGCACACUGGCCGCAGCUCUCCGCCGCCGGGCAGCGUUCCCGAGGAGCAGCAGCAGAUCGCCCGCCAGGGCUCCUACACCAGCAUCAACAGCGAGGGCGAGUUCAUCCCCGAGACCAUGGACCAGAACAUGCUUGAAGCUUUCAUCAGCCCUGAUGAUUCGUUGUCUGGGAGCUGCCAGUCGCUGGACAGGUCUGUGGACAGCCCUCCCUUUCCCCAAACCCCUGUUCCUGGAAGGAAGAGCCAUCCCAAAGAUGGUCUUGAUUGCAUGGAUUUUGACAUCCCAUUCUGUGAGAGGUUUGGGAAAGGUGGGACCUUCCCGAGGCAGUACCAUCUCUCCCAAAGCCGCAAGGACUACAGCGACGGUCGGAGGACUUUCCCCAGGAGUUACUUCCCACAGGAGAACCUGUUUCAGCUCGUCCCCUCCAGCAGAACCAAGAGCUUUACUGGGGACAGCAAGCUCAGCACCUUGCAGUAUGAUGAGUACAGGCCCAAGUGUUGGAACAAUUGUGAAAAGGGUCUGCAGGCCUUCAGCACCUCUCCUACGAAAGCCAGGAACUCCCUGCAGGCCCCUGUGAACUGGAGGCUGGGGAAGCUGCUGGGAAGAGGAGCUUUUGGGGAAGUUUAUCUCUGCUAUGACGCUGACACUGGGCGGGAGCUGUCAGUGAAGCAGGUGCCUUUCGACCCUGACAGCCAGGAGACAAGUAAAGAGGUGAAUGCUUUAGAAUGUGAGAUUCAGCUGUUGAAGACUCUCCGUCACGACAGGAUCGUGCAGUACUACGGGUGCCUGCGGGAUCCUGAGGAGAAGAAACUGUCCAUCUUUGUGGAAUACAUGCCAGGGGGCUCCAUAAAGGACCAGCUAAAAGCUUACGGUGCUCUGACUGAGAACGUCACACGGAAGUACACCAGGCAGAUCCUGCAGGGAGUCUUCUACCUACACAGCAAUAUGAUUGUCCACAGGGAUAUUAAAGGUGCCAAUAUCCUGAGAGAUUCCGCUGGAAAUGUGAAACUUGGAGAUUUUGGGGCCAGCAAACGCAUCCAGACCAUCUGCAUGUCUGGGACUGGGAUUAAAUCUGUCACAGGAACACCAUACUGGAUGAGCCCAGAGGUUAUCAGUGGAGAGGGCUAUGGAAGGAAAGCUGAUGUGUGGAGCGUGGCCUGCACCGUGGUGGAGAUGUUAACCGAGAAGCCGCCCUGGGCAGAGUUCGAGGCCAUGGCGGCGAUUUUUAAAAUCGCCACGCAGCCGACCAACCCCCAGCUCCCCGACGGCGUCUCCAGCUCCUGCCGCAACUUCCUCAAGCAGAUCUUCGUGGAGGAGAAGCGCAGGCCGACGGCCGAGGACCUGCUGAGGCAUCCUUUCGUCAACUGCGGGCUCUGAGCCCUGGCCGCGGGGAUGGGAAGCGCCGGCGGGAGGGUCGGACCUCGCCCGGGGUUGUCCCCACGGUCCCUUCUCGCCCGCUGCAGCCUCGGCCCCGCCGCGCUGUCGGAUUUUUCAAGCUGCGCUCGGGACCGUUGGCGCCGGGAAUUGGGAGCGAGGGAUUUCCCGGCCACGUAACCUCCCUGCCGCCAGCGGUACCGGGCUCGUCCCCCACGGCCGAGCGACUGCUCUCUCGGGGGGAAGCGUGGCAAGCGGGAAACGUCCCCCCAGCGCUGCAGGGCGGCAUCCCCAGGACCGGUGGGGGAAUCGGAUGCUCGGCGGCCAUCGCCGCCUUUCGCAGAGGAACGGACGGGGCCUUCAGCCAAGCCGGAGGAGAUGAUCCUCAGACCACAGAGUCGGGGGGACCCGGGCGUGUCCCCGUUCACAAGGGGACCCGACCCCGCCGGAGCAGCUGGCGGCUCCGGCCGGGCGGCGUUUCACACUGUCCUGUGCCUUACGCGGUUACAAUCAAGGAGUGAUGCUCGGCUCGGAUCUGGUGUGAGGAUGCGGCAGCCGUGUUGACUUUGCCUUGGCGCGUGUGUGUGUGCGUGUGUGUCUGGGAACAAGGGGGGUCUUCUCGGGGUGCAGGAGGUCUCUGCCGGGUGCGCCCGCGGACGGAUGCCCGGGACCCCUGCCCACGGGCUGGGGGAUGGUUAAAUGGUGGUGGCGGUGGUGGGCGGGGCUGAGCAGCAGCUGGAUUGUGCUGGGAGCCGUCGGGAUUCAGGGGGAGCUGAAGGGAAUCUCAGCAAGGAGGACUCUGCUGAGCUGGGGCUGGAGGGAUGCCAUCGUGUUCUGGGAAGUGGAGCUGCAGGGAGAGCUGCACUGGAGCUCAGUAAAACCCGAGAGUGCCUAAAAUUAGGCAGAGAGGACUGGUGCCUGUGAAUGUGGGUGCGUCCUUCUCUGGGCAUCUACUCCUCUGUGCCUUGUGGACCAUCCCCGGGUGCAGGGAAGUGGGGCAUCACUUCCACGUGGUGCCCAAGGGAGCAGCUGCAGGACAGUGGAGCCUCAGACUGAAAAGUGGAGCUGCAGCAGUCAAGGGCAGCUGGAAGCAGAUUGCUUCCCGCAGGAGACUUGAAGUUGUAUGGAAAAACGGGCCAGUCAAAAGCAGAGCUGAGCUGCAGGCUCUGACCAGCACUACCCCGCUGGAAAACCUGGGCAGGAAGCACGCACAGAGUCCCUGGAAGCUAGUUAGUUAAUGAAUUAAUCAGUCAGAUCUUGGGGGAUUUGGGAUAAAUUAUUUGCACCAUCCCACCUCCCCCUUCCCUGCUGCAUUAGCUGUUACUCAGCAAAGGAUUCAAAAGGCAGUUACCAGGAGGUUCCAUCCUCAGGACAGUGUGUCAGACACAUGUUUCUUUUAAUGCUGGUUCUCAAUGAAAAUGAAAAGUGUUGCUUAGACUUAAGAGGAAAGUGACAAAUUGCUUGGUUGUGUGAACACAUCCUUGAAUUCUUCCCCGUGGAAGAGAUCAAGACUUUGCACCACUGGUUGUGAUGGUGAGAGCAUGUCCAUGUCUUCAGCUCUGAACAGAGAAGCAAGAUUUAGGAGGUUGCCCAUUGUAGCUGUGGAUAUCCCAUUUCUGGGAGUGUUCAGGAUCAGGGUUGGAAAUGGCUUGGAACGACCUGGUCUAGUGAAAAAAUGUCCCCUGCCCUAUGGCAAGGGGUUGGAAUGAGAUGAGCUCUAAGGUCCCUUCCAACUCAAACCAUUCAAAGAUUUUAUGAUUUUAAGAAUGAUUUCAGUUUUUAAAAAAUAAACACUGUGAGUAUUAGGGCAAAGUAAAAGAAAGACCUAAAAGAAUUCCCUCAAAAUUUGUCUGAAAGCUACUGAGUCCAUUUAUUACCAGGCCAGGUUCCAGGGAAGCUGGGGAGCAAUGCUGGGGGUUGUGUCAGUCAGCCAUGAUGAUGAUGGGCAGCUCCCCAUGGGGAGGGGGAAAAGUCUCCUUUUGCUGAGGGGAAUGAAGAAUUUUAUUCUGUGAAUAGGACCAAAUCCAUCAGUCUGGUCAGUAAUAUGGGAUGGAUGGAUGGAAAUGAACACAAGGGAAAAAAAAACCAAAACACAGUGUUGUGUGGGAACGGGUUUGGCAGAAGAGGGGUAACAAAGUGUGUGUUCACCAAAGCUAAAAAAAAAAAAAACAAAUCAAAACCAUUUUUAAGCUGUUUUCUCUUUUUUCAUUAAAUCUGUUUGGUUUGGGUUUUCUCAGGCCUUCAAUGGUGGGUGGGUCUUUUUCUUCUUUCCAAGGAUUUGAGAGCCAAAGGGGGGCUCCUGGCUGCCCCAAAAUGCUCCCAGGGCCCUCAAACCACCUGAAUUCUCCCGUGGAUGGAUGUGGUGAGUGUGAGUGAGUGUGUGUGUGAGUGUGAGACACUCCUCAGGUGCCUUUGCCUUUCUGGUUUGUAAAACCCUUGCAGUGUUCUGAUGUACAGAAUGGAACUAGGAAAAGCAAAUGGAAUUAUUCUGCCAUGUAAAGUAAUUUUCUGUUUGUUUGGCUUGGUUUUAUUUUAUUUUGCCUGGGGCGGGCCCUGCGGCUUUCCCUGCGCGCUGCCACGUGUCCGUGGAGAGAUUUAACUCCUUUUGGGGGUUGGACUG